AUGGCAGCUGCACUGCUCAUCCUGGGAGCUGCACCGGAGGCCCCGGCCUUCGUCCAGCCCGCCUCCACUGGAUCGUCUGCGAAGACCGUGCAGGGCCUGGGCCUGCAGAGCUGGUCACCUCAAGCCUCGCCGACUCCUGCUGUCCGUGGGUCAUCGUCCUGCGUGUUUGGUGUGGCCGGCUUCAGCCUUUUGCUGACCUACGCCAUCUUGCGCCAGCAGGCGCAGGCUUCCGCUCGUGUCGCGCAGCCACGGGUGGUGCUGGCAGCCGUGCCAAGCGAGAUGACCUCGGUGAGGUCACCGGCUCCUUGCAACUCUGAGCCAAAACCGGAGUUGUCCUUGCCCUCUCCAUCAGUCUGCGCCAAAGAGACGCUGAUGGACGAAGACGUUGUUUGCGAGGAAGUGGCAAGCGUCAAGUCACCAGUACCGGCAUAUUCGCCGACGCCAGUGGCAAGACUUGCUUCAGCUGCAAUGAAUGCAUCGACAGAAUCAACCUCGGAUGGGCCGUCGUCAGUCCCAGGGCGUCAGGCUCGCUUCGUGGGUGGAGCACGCCGGACGGCGCGCCAUUCCACAAGCCGCCGACCUGCGCCAAGGACGACGUGCCGUGCCAGCGUGAAGCUGAUAUCCACAGCGACUGCCAUUCUCCCAGAUCAGAGGAGGCUGCAGAGAGCCCGCUCUGUGGGCUCUUUACAGUGCCAGCUGAGGCGGGAUGCGCUCAGCCAGGGCGCGCCCGCAGCCUUCGAACUUGUCUCAGAGGAUGGUGCUUUUCUCGAAACGCUCUUGAGAAGGCGUCCCAACGUCUUCAUCAAGGUUUGUGAGAAAGCUCUUCAGGAGAUGUGCAAGGAGCUUGAGCUGCAGAAGGAUCCCUCGCGGAAGGCUCCUAUUCAGCAGUUGAACAUUGCGGUAAACACCAACUUGGACGGCACGGCUGGCACACAGAAGCCCAAACUGAUCCGCGAGCUGAGACAUGACCAGGUGGAGAAGCUCGUCGUCAUUCAGGGCAUCUGCACGGCUGUUCGAACUCCGAGGAGCAAGGUCCGAAGGGUCGUCUUGAGGUGCACCAACUGCGAGAAUGUCGAAGAGGUCUAUAUCGAAGGCGGCUUCACAGCUGCCCACAUUCCUGCUGCUUGCAAAGGGAACGCUCUCCGUGCAGGGAAUCUGGAAAGAUGUCCGCCCAACUCCUUCGUGGCUGACGCUUCGCUCAGCGAGUACGCCGCGGAUCAGAGGGUGCGUUUGCAGGAGCUCCCGGAACACGUACCGGUGGGAGAGAUGCCCCGAUCCAUCGAUCUCUGUGCGCAGAUGUACGAUGUGGACUUGUGCACGCCUGGAACACGUCUCACUUGCGUCGGUGUCUUCAAUGCCUCGGAGAAGGCUGCAGGAGACAAGCUGACCAGGGGCAGGAAUCAGGGCACCAAUACGGUGAAAUACUCCUAUGUCCAGGUCUUGGGUUUGCAGCGGGCCCAAGGCAAUCGUUCCCAGGGAGCCUUGGAGAUCAGUGCGGACGAAGAGGAGCGUUUCGAGCAGCUUGCCAAGGAUCCCGGCAUCAGGGAGAAGAUCUUCCAGUCCAUUGCUCCUGCCAUUUGUGCCACUGAGAAGGACGUUGUGAACGAUGUGAAGAGGGCCGUUGCUUGCUUGCUCUUCGGCGGCUCCAGGAAGUUCCUGCCCAGCGGCAAUCGCAUCCGAGGUGACAUCAAUGUCUUGCUUCUUGGAGAUCCUGGUACGGCAAAAAGUCAGAUCCUGAAGUUCGGUGAGAAAGCAGCGCCGAUUUCAGUGUACACGAGUGGAAAGGGAAGCAGCGCUGCGGGUCUGACGGCGGCAAUCGUCAAGGAGAAGAACGGUUUCGCUCUUGAAGGUGGAGCUAUGGUUCUAGCCGACGGCGGCAUUGUGUGCAUCGAUGAGUUCGACAAGAUGGAUGCCAAAGAUCGUGUGGCCAUCCACGAGGCCAUGGAGCAGCAAACCAUCUCGAUAUCAAAAGCUGGCAUUACCACGAUGCUCAACACUCGUUGCAGUGUCCUCGCCGCUGCCAAUCCGCGCUUUGGUUCCUAUGAUGAGAUGGCAGGUGCGGCUGACCAGAUGGACUUCGAAACCACAAUCCUGACGCGAUUUGACAUGAUGUUCUUGGUCAAGGAUAUCAGGGAUGAGGAAAAGGACUACACACUCGCUAUGCACCUUAUCGGCUUGCACAACGAGGGCAAGCAGGAGGACCCCAGACGUCACUUCAUUCAUAUUUACUGA